UCGUCAUCCAAGUCCUACUACGAGUACCAGGAAGUCAGCGUAUCUGGUCUGGAGAUAUGGCAUUUUGCCUCGAAUCUGAUAUCUGUGUUCAUAUCGAAAGAAAAAGGCGAAGCACUGGCCGCUAUGGUGGACAAUGGGACCCGGGUUAUGGUCCAGAUAUCCAUUGGCACCCACAGUGCCAUGAGAUACGCCAAUAUAAAUAGGACGUCCGUGCUAUUUGUAUCCAUCUCGUUUAUUGUACUUAUGGUUAGAUAUAAAAUACACAUUUAA